UGAAGGGCGCCGCCGUGGGGUCCGGGACCGGGAAACCCGGAUGUUGUUUCACGGAAUCGCGAUGGGAAAGUAUUAUUGUUGUGCGAAACAUUGCAAUAAUAAUUCAGGAAAAAAUCCGAAUUUGACAUUCCAUCGCUUUCCGAAAGAUGAAGAAAGAUGCUCUAAAUGGCUUAAACACUGCAGAAAAGAUUUGCAAAACAGGUCCACCAAAUACCUGAAUCUAAAUCGCAGGUUAUGCAGUGACCAUUUUACGGAAUCACAGAAAUUUCAAUACACAAACAAAUUAGUAUGGAAUGCGAUUCCAACAGAAUUUGAAGUAACAUCAUCACCUAAACGAAAACUGUUAAAAAGAUCUAAGCCACAAAAUGGAUUGGAGAAUGACUCUCAGCUUAAUACAAUCACAGCAAAAGCUAAGACGAUGAACUGUGCAUCUUUAGUAGACCAUAGCUACUGUUAUAUACCUGAUAGAGAUGGAUCAGAAGUCAACAACAACGUGGAGACCAUUAACUCGGAAAUUAAUUCAAGAUCAGUUGCCGUUCAGUGCGAGUCUACAUCAAACAAACCAAGCCUAACAGAGGUCAUGAAAAGCACAGUGACCUCAAGUCAGCUGAGGAGAAAGUCAACGCAGAGAGUAAAACUAUACAGGUUAAGACAAAAAGUAAAACAUUUAAAAAGAGCCUCAUUAGUGAAAAGUAAUGAUUCAGUCAAGGACAUAGUUAGGGCAGCUGGAAAGUAUCUCAAAGGCCCUGCUCUUGAGUUUUUUGAAUCGCAAUUAAGUAUUUCUCAACGGAAGAAGUCGAGACAACGUUAUACCAAAAAUGACAAGCAAGUGGCACUAGCAUUACAUCAUCAGAAUCCUAUAGCCUACAAAUUUCUUAAGAAAAUGUUUGUGUUGCCACAUUAUCAUUCGUUGAGAAAGUGGUCGCAGGUUACCAAAAUGAAUCCCGGAUUAAAUGAGGAGAAAACGCCAAUUGUGAGUGAAGUGGACCCCAAUGUAAAUAAGCUGGAAUGACAUUUUCCUAACGUUAAUGGGUUAUCCAUCGAAGCAUUUUGUAUAAUGCAUAUUUUGUAUAUUUUGUGUAUCAUUGCUUUUGUUCUUGUAUUACUUCUGAAUAAAUUCAAAUCUGAAAUCAAAUCAAA